UUUCCCUCAAAAUUCAACUCAAAAAACACAUCCUUUAUUUCAAAAGCCUACGCACAGCUGUCGACAUAUGGCUUUGACAUUUCCGAUUUUUUUCUUCGUCUUGUGCUUCCUUUUGACAGAAAACAUCAAUGAAAUCAAACUAUUUCAAUCGGUGCAAAAUCAAGUUAGUCGAAAUAUUUGUGGCACAACACCUAGUUUAAGCAAUAUUUUUCUACGAUUUUAGUUUCUGAAAAUUGAAAUUUUUAAGACAAAGAAAGAGAGGGGAAGAGAUAGAGAGAGCGUGUGUUUGUGUGCGCGUGAAAUAGAAAAAGAUUUUUAUUUGUCAUAAGCAUUAUAUUUGGUGAACAUGAUGAUGAUGAUGAGUACAGAAUGUGUCGUGGAGUCAGGUCGGAAACUAAACAUUGAUUAUGCAGUGAAAGAUGAUGAGAAAUGCUUUGGAGCGGAAAAGUCUGUUAGGAGUUUGUUUGCAGAAAAUAAUGGAAGAAUGAAACGCGAUAAGUCACCUGGCACAUGUCAGCAAAACAAUUCUGUCGACAUGUCUAAUGAGGCAACAGAUAAUUCGAGAAUUAAUAUGGAUAGGAAAAAUGACAACAAUCACACGAUGCAAUCCGAUGCCAAUGGAAAGCGGCAAAAAACUGUUUGCUACGAUUUCAAAAAGGGAAUCUGCCGUCGAAGAUUUUGUCGAUACCCCCAUGUAAUGAAUGCUGAUCAGGUGAUUUUCUGCCACGAUUAUCAAAACAAUGGGUGCUUUCGGGCGAAUUGUAGAUUUAUUCAUCGGUCCAUUGAAGAUGAAGAGCAUUACCGAGUUUACGGAGUAUUUCCAAUGCCAACAGAGCGACCAGCGGCCACAAAUAUGAAUCAACCAGAACAUCAUAUAGCACCACCAUCGCAACCACCCCCUCCGCCACUACCACAUCUAAACUACUAUCACAAUCGUGAAAAUAUGCCUCAGCCGUCGAACCAACCAGCACCAAUAUUCGCACAGAACGGAUCGAUGUCACUGGUAUCGCGGCGACGAUCAUUUGGCAUGGGCGAUAGCAAUCUUGAGUCGCAUAUACCACCAAAACGGCCACACAUGGAAGACCAACACGUACGGUCACCGACUGUGUCGGCAUCACCGUACAAUACUCAGAGUAAUGAAAAUGCGCAUCAGUGUCGUUUUAUAGAGCAAAACGUUGGCCAAGCUGUGAACGCACCUUCAACAACCGCUCAGACUGUAUCUGCUCCUGCUGUUGCCUCAGUUGUCAUUGCCGAAGAUGUGAUAAACAUAUAUCGUUUGUAUGAAGAACACAAUUUACUGCGGAGACGCGUCGAGAUCAAUGAAGAGCGGUUACAAGAGCUACGUGCCACAAAUUCGUAUUUAUUGCAACAAAACGAGCAGCUGAGAAGACAAACACAAUGCAGCUGUACAAAUACAAUUGUGAAUCCUGUCACAUUGACCACUGCGUCACAACAAUCAGCUCCGGUUUUGAACGCAGUUUCAAUAGCGCCCGUUCAAGUUCAGGCAACGCCGAUUGUCAGCAUAGCUAGCAUAGCGCAACCACAAACCCAAAUCAUAGCUAGUAGUGCGCCUAUAGCAAUAGCAGCAAACACAUCUCAAGGCCAACAGUUGGCCUUGGCCAGUACACAAAAUCUCAAUCUCAGUACACAGCAAGCGGGACAGAUUUUGGGCACACCACAAAUCACUCUUGCCACGGCUCCCUCGAUGGGAAUCACAAUGAACACAUCACAGCCGCUCGCGAUGUCUGCAAAUGCAACGCAGCCCAUUAUCUCUUAUCCUGUGAUGACCCAUAGCAUUUUACCGCAUUAAAUAAGCAAAACCAUGUACACCAUGCUCAAUUCACAAUUGCUUCUUCACGAACGCAAAUUGCUACAUUGCAAAACGGCUAAAUUGUAUUUGAAUUGUUGUUCAAAGGUUUUUUUUCUUUAGACGUAAGCAGUUUUUUUUAUAUACCUAAGUUAUUUACUACUAUUAGCUCUAAUGAAUUUUCAUGUUCUCCCAUUUCUCAGUUUAAAUUAAAUUUAUUCUUAUUUGAAAAA